CCGGGCUGGAAGCCGGAAGCGAGCUAAGUGGAGCCGACUCGAAGUCCACCGCGGAAAAAGAAAGCCUCAGAACGUUCGCUCGCUGCGUCCCCAGCCGGGGCCGAGCCCUCCGCGACGCCACCGGGGCCAUGGGGGCCGCACGCAGCCAGCCGCCCGCUGUCGCGGGGCCCCCGCUGGGGCUGCUCCUGCUGCUCCUGGGCGUGCUGGCCCCGGGUGGCGCCUCCCUGCGACUCCUGGACCACCGGGCGCUGGUCUGCUCCCAGCCGGGGCUAAACUGCACGGUCAAGAAUAGUACCUGCCUGGAUGACAGCUGGAUUCACCCUCGAAACCUGACCCCCUCCUCCCCAAAGGACCUGCAGAUCCAGCUGCACUUUGCCCACACCCAGCAAGGAGACCUGUUCCCCGUGGCUCACAUCGAAUGGACGCUGCAGACAGACGCCAGCAUCCUGUACCUCGAGGGUGCAGAGUUAUCUGUCCUGCAGCUGAACACCAAUGAACGUUUGUGCGUCAAGUUUCAGUUUCUGUCCAAACUGAGGCAUCACCACAGGAGGUGGCGUUUUACCUUCAGCCACUUUGUGGUCGACCCUGACCAGGAAUAUGAGGUGACUGUUCACCACCUGCCCAAGCCCAUCCCUGAUGGGGACCCAAACCACCAGUCCAAGAAUUUCCUCGUGCCUGACUGUGAGCACACCAGGAUGAAGGUAACCACGCCAUGCAUGAGCUCAGGCAGCCUGUGGGACCCCAACAUCACUGUGGAGACCCUGGAGGCCCACCAGCUGCGUGUGAGCUUCACCCUGUGGAACGAAUCUACCCAUUACCAGAUCCUGCUGACCAGUUUUCCGCACAUGGAGAACCACAGCUGCUUUCAGCACAUGUACCACAUACCUGCGCCCAGACCAGAGGAGUUCCACCAGCGAUCCAACGUCACACUCACUCUACGCAACCUUAAAGGGUGCUGCCGCCACCAAGUGCAGAUCCAGCCCUUCUUCAGCAGCUGCCUCAAUGACUGCCUCAGACACUCCGCGACUGUUUCCUGCCCAGAAAUGCCAGACACUCCAGAACCAAUUCCGGACUACAUGCCCCUGUGGGUGUACUGGUUCAUUACGGGCAUCUCCAUCCUGCUGGUGGGCUCCGUCAUCCUGCUCAUCGUCUGCAUGACCUGGAGGCUGGCCGGGCCUGGAAGUGAAAAAUACAGUGAAGACACCAAAUACACCGAUGGCCUGCCUGCGGCUGACCUGACCCCCCCACCGCUGAAGCCCAGGAAGGUCUGGAUCAUCUACUCAGCCGACCACCCCCUCUACGUGGACGUGGUCCUGAAAUUCGCCCAGUUCCUGCUCACCGCCUGCGGCACGGAAGUGGCCCUGGACCUGCUGGAAGAGCAGGCCAUCUCGGAGGUGGGAGUCAUGACCUGGGUGGGCCGUCAGAAGCAGGAGAUGGUGGAGAGCAACUCGAAGAUCAUCAUCCUGUGCUCCCGCGGCACGCGUGCCAAGUGGCAGGCGCUCCUGGGCCGGGGGGCACCUGUGCGGCUGCGCUGCGACCACCGGAAGCCCGUGGGGGACCUGUUCACCGCAGCCAUGAACAUGAUCCUCCCGGACUUCAAGAGGCCAGCCUGCUUCGGCACCUACGUAGUCUGCUACUUCAGCGAGGUCAGCUGUGACGGCGACGUCCCCGACCUGUUUGGCGCGGCGCCGCGGUACCCGCUCAUGGAUAGGUUCGAGGAGGUGUACUUCCGCAUCCAGGACCUGGAGAUGUUCCAGCCGGGCCGCAUGCACCGCGUGGGGGAGCUGUCGGGGGACAACUACCUGCGGAGCCCGGGCGGCAGGCAGCUCCGCGCCGCCCUGGACAGGUUCCGGGACUGGCAGGUCCGCUGCCCCGACUGGUUCGAACGUGAGAACCUCUACUUGGCCGAUGACCAGGAUGCCCCUUCCCUAGACGAAGAGGUGUUUGAGGAGCCACUGCUGCCUGCGGGAACCGGCAUCGUGAAGCGGGCGCCCCUGGUGCGCGAGCCUGGCUCCCAGGCCUGCCUGGCGAUAGACCUCCUGGUCAGGGAGGAAGGAGGAGCAGCAGUGGCAAAGCUGGAACCUCACCUGCAGCCCCGGGGUCAGCCAGCACCGCAGCCCCUCCACACCCUGGUGCUCGCCGCAGAGGAGGGGGCCCUGGUGGCCGCGGUGGAGCCUGGGCCCCUGGCUGACGGUGCCGCUAUCCGGCUGGCACUGGCGGGGGAGGGCGAGGCCUGCCCGCUGCUGGGCAGCCCGGGCGCUGGGCGAAAUAGCGUCCUUUUCCUCCCUGUGGACCCCGAGGACUCGCCCCUUGGCAGCACCCCCAUGGCGUCUCCUGACCUUCCAGAGGACGUGAGGGAGCACCUCGAAGGCUUGAUGCUCUCGCUCUUUCAGCAGAGUCUGAGCUGCCAGGCCCAGGGGGACUGCAGUAGACCCGCCAUGGUCCUCAAAGACCCACACACGCAGUACGAGGAGGAGCAGCGGCAGUCAGUGCAGUCUGACCAGGGCUACAUCUCCAGGAGCUCCCCGCAGCCCCCCGACGGACUCACAGAAAUGGAGGAAGAGGAAGAAGAGGAGCAGGACCCAGGGAAGCCGGCCCUGCCACUCUCUCCCGAGGACCUGGAGAGCCUGAGGAGUCUCCAGCGGCAGCUGCUUUUCCGCCAGCUGCAGAAGAACUCGGGCUGGGACACGGUGGGGUCGGAGUCAGAGAGGCCCAGUGCAUGAGGGCGGCUCCCCAGAGACCACCCAGAUCCCAGCCUUGAGAGAGGAGUGUGGGUGCACAAGUAUUCAUCUGUGUGUACAUGUCUGCAUGUGUAUAUGUUCGUGUGUGAAAUGUAGGCUUUAAAAUGUAAAUGUCUGGAUUUUAAACCAGGCAUCCCUCCUAACUUUUCUUUGUGCGGCCGUCUGGUUAUCUUCUAUCCCCAGCGGAAUCCACACAGCCCGCUCCCAGGAGCUAGUGGUAGAGCUUCUUUGAGGCACCAUCAAUCAUUCAUUCAGCAUUUAUUGUGCACCUACUAUGUGCCAGGCAUUUGGGAUACCAAGAUAAAUUGCAUGUGGCAUGGCCCCAGCCGUGAAGGAACUUAACCACUAGUGCCAAGGACACAUUAACAAACAGGAUGGGCUGGGCACGGUGGCUCACGCCUGUAAUCCCAGCACAUUGGGAGGCCGAGGCAGGUGGAUCACUGAGGUCAGGAGUUCGAGACCAGCCUGGGCAACAUGGUGAACCCCCAUCUCUACUAAAAAUACAAAAAUUAGAUGGGCGUGGUGACACAUGCCUGUAGUCCUAGCUACUUGGGAGGCUGAGGCAGGAGAAUUGCUUGAACCAGGGAGGCAGAGGUUGCAGUGAGCCGAGAUUGUGCCAUUGCACUGCAGCCUGGAUGACAGAGCGAGACUCCAUCUCAAAAAAA